UCGACUCGAGCGCGUUGUGCACGGACCCGCGGGUAACGCGAUUAAGCGGCGAGUGGACUGAAGCUCUCGAAGCGAUGGAGGCCCCGCAACUACUCACUUGUCGGCGUAGCUUGUCUUCGCUUCGCGCACACUCCUCUCACUGACACGGCAACAACACUUCCGUCGAAUUCGCCGAUCUCUCAUCUCUCGCUCCAUCUCACUCCCUCUAAAAUUGCCGUUGUGUGGCCAUGGAUUUCAUUCCCUGCGGACUCAUUAUUGCUCUGCUUAUAGCCGCCACUGGAUCAGCUGAGGCGUCGAUCCACGUCUACGACGGAGAUCAAUUCAGAGAAGUCGGCAAUGCCUACCUUCUCUCCGGCGGCAGCGAAGGCAUCGUCGCUUCUCGCACCGAGACUCCUCUCGCCGACAAUGCAAUCCACUCUUCGAUCCACGACGGCCGCUCUUAUAUCCGAUUUGAGAAUGUCACAUUUUGGAGGAGUAAAGAAGCUGCGGACCAGCAUUCAGAAAUGGAACACAGUACCGGAUUGAUACAAGUUAUAAUAUUUGAGGCUGCUGAUCGUGAUAAUAUUGGUGGCUCAGCUUAUGGUGGUCAGAGGUCUAUUUGCUGCACCCCCGAUCUUGCUAAGCUUGAAGGUUGUAAACAAGGCGAAGUUAUUAGGAUACCUUCUGCAACCAAUAUUAACUGGCCUAUUAUCUUAAAUGUACACUUCAGUGGAAACUCCCACUCCACACAAAUGGAUGGUACAGUUGUUUACAUUGGAAAGACUGGGAUGUACAACUUGUUCUUUAUAUCAUGUGAUCCGAAACUCCAGGGACUGACAAUGCAUGGCAAGACAUUUUGGAAAAAUCCAGAUGGAUAUUUGCCUGGUAGAAUGGCCCCCCUAAUGCAGUUCUAUGUAACAAUGUCUAUCACGUAUGCAUUGCUCAGUCUCAUCUGGUUCUCUCAGUACCUGAAAUUUUGGAAGGAUGUAUUGCAACUUCAGCACUGCAUCACUGUUGUUAUUGCCCUUGGGUUAUUUGAGAUGAUCCUUUGGUAUUUCGAGUAUGCACACUUCAAUAAUACAGGAACAAGGCCAGUUGGAAUCACAACUUGGGUUGUGACAGUUGGGGCUAUAAGGAAAACCCUUUCACGCAUUCUUAUACUCUGUGUUUCAAUGGGAUAUGGUGUUGUACGUCCUACUCUUGGUGGCCUUACCCUGAAGGUGCUGCUUCUUGGUAUAACUUAUUUCUUGGCAUCUGAAUUGCUGAAUAUCACAGAGUACGUGGGAACCAUAAAUGAUGUAGCAGGAAGAGCAAGGGUCUUUCUAGUCCUUCCUGAUGCAUUCUUGGAUGCAUUUUUAAUACUAUGGAUUUUCACCUCUCUGUCAAGGACAUUAGAGCAGCUACAGGCAAAAAGGAGUUCUGCCAAGUUGGACAUUUAUAGGAAGUUCUCAAAUGCAUUAGCAGUAACUGUUAUUGCUUCAGUGGCUUGGAUAGGAUAUGAGGUCUACUUUAAAGCAACAGAUCCAUUCAAUGAGAGGUGGCAGGAUGCUUGGAUGAUCACUGCCUUUUGGGAUAUUCUGGCUUAUGUAUUGCUAUGUGUUAUCUGCUGUCUAUGGGCUCCAUCCCAGAGUUCUCAACGUUAUGCCUAUUCAGAGGGAGGGGGAGAUGAUUCAGAUGAUGAAGAAGCUGAGUCCCUAUGCCGGGGAACUCCCAAACCCGAACUCAGUCUAGUCAAACAGGAGAAGAACGGUGAGAAGGCCGAUGCCUUCAGUCUGGAAGAUGAUGCAGAGGAGGAUAAGAGGGAAUGAUCGCUGAGAAUCCAUGAGUAGCCAAGAAGCCUUGCUCGUUUGUGAGCUUAUUGCAAAUAGGAAUGGCAUUGUUGCUUGCAGGAAAUGAAAAAGAUAGAAUACCAUCCUCAUGUCUCUGUAUUUUCUUCACAUGCUGAUUUUGUGUAUGUCAAUAACGUUUAUAAUCAAUUAAUUCUCUCCCGUUCAAAACAGUUCCACCCCUCA